AUGUCCACCACAGCACCAUCGCCAGGAGCGGUCCUGCACCGAGUUCCCGCCUCGACAACGUCCAGCAGUGUUGCUUCUUCGGCCAACAUCUCGCCAUCAGACACUCCUAAGGCUUCUGGCUCGUCCACAUCGCUCUCCUCUCUUGCUUCGGAAGAAGUCGGAACCUCCAGCAAACUCGUCGACACCCUUGGCAAUCCCUUCUCCAUACCGGACUAUACUAUCGGUGAUAUCCACAAAGCUAUUCCAAAGCAUUGCUUUGAGCGAUCAGGACUUCGAGGACUUGGCUAUGUUGCUCGGGAUAUCGUCUCGCUGGGGGUGACCUUCUAUCUCACCAACAAGUUCGUCACACCUGAAUAUGUCCCUUCAACAGCAGCAAGAGCAGGCCUCUGGGCACUGUACACCUUCGUGCAGGGUCUGUUCGCAACUGGCUUGUGGGUUCUUGCUCAUGAGUGUGGCCAUCAAUCGUUCUCGCCCAGCAAGACACUCAAUGAUACUGUUGGCUGGAUCUGCCACUCCGCUCUUCUGGUUCCCUACUUCUCGUGGAAGAUCUCCCAUGGUAAGCACCACAAAGCAACCGGUAACAUGGAGCGAGACAUGGUUUUUGUGCCGAAGGCGAAGGAGGUUUAUGCGUCGAGGUAUGGUUACAUGCUCCAUGAGUUAUCCGAGCUGGCUGAGGAGACACCGAUUGCCACGGCCUUUCAUCUCUUCUAUCAACAACUAGGCGGCUGGCCCGCUUAUCUCAUUACCAAUGUCACUGGCCACAAUCACCACGAGCGACAGAGUGAGGGCCGUGGCAAAGGCAAGGCCAAUGGCUUUGGAGGAGGUGUCAACCACUUCAACAUGUCUAGCCCGUUGUAUGAAUCCAAGGAUGCGAAAUUGAUUUUGCUGUCGGAUCUCGGUGUCCUUUUGGCUGGCAGCAUCAUCUUUGCGCUUAGCCAGAAAUUCGGCUGGACGAAUAUGCUCGUUUGGUAUUUUCUUCCAUACCUCUGGGUCAACCACUGGCUUGUUGCCAUCACUCUCCUUCAACACACCGAUCCUACCCUACCUCAUUACACACCAACAGCUUGGACCUACACUCGAGGUGCUGCUGCAACAAUCGAUCGGGAAUUUGGAUUCAUCGGUCGAACCCUCUUUCACGGCAUCAUUGAGACCCAUGUCCUUCACCACUAUGUUAGCACGAUCCCGUUUUACCACGCUGAUGAAGCAACCGAGGCGAUCAAGGCCGUUAUGGGGCAGCACUAUCGGAGCGAUACAAGGGGUGGCAGCCUCGGCUUCGUGAAGAGCAUAUGGACAACUAUACGUACUUGUCAGUGGGUGGAGCCCAACGAAGGUGCACAAGGCGAGGAAGCAGGUGUGUUGUUCUUCCGGAACCGCAAUGGCGUGGGAAUUCCACCAGCAAAGACAUCCGCUACGACACAAUAG